CCUCCCAGUGAACACACAAUUUGUAUACACUUUCAGGGGCCUGUUGUCAGUUUUGUCAAAGUUGACGCGCGCGUUUCAAAUCCAUGCCUCCGGUGGUGGAAUCCCGCCCAACGUGGAGCUCCAAUUUCCGGCUCUACCUGGCAAUGUUCAGCUACAGUACCGGGAUAACGAUCCCGAAGUUCGCUAGUCCUUGGCUCCUCAAGACCAAUGUCGGGAUCCUCCUCCUGAUCCCCGUCCAGCUCCUGGUCAUGUUCCUGACGACGAUCCCUUGCAUGUUCAUGGAGCUAGCCCUGGGGCAGUACUCCAACCGGGCGGUGAUACGAGUGUGGGACUUGUGCCCGUUACUGCGAGGAAUCGGCUUAUGCAGUUUCCUCACGUUUCUGCUCUACCAAUCGUAUUACAAUUUCCUCUGUACAUGUAGUCUUUGUUUCACGUUUUUGUCAUUCACGAGCGAACCACAAUGGAGAUCUUGUAACAGGAGUUGGAAUAAGAUAAAUUGCUUCACUUUGCGAGACAAUUACACGAAGCGACUCGAAUGCAGCCAGAGAUACGGCAGGGAAAAGUGCGACAAGAUGCAGUGGCAGUCGAGCGUGGAGCAGUUUUACUUCAACCGGGUGCUGAACACGGAUGAGACUUCCGGUUAUGUGGGGGCCCCCCAGCCUGAACUACUGGUCUAUGGAUUGGUCACAAUUAUUUUGAUUUUUUUUGCGAACUAUGGUGGCCCCAAAACCACCGAAAAAUUCCUUCUGGUGUUGGCAACGGUGCCCACGGUUCAAAUGGUUGUCUUGUUUUUUGCCCCCUUGUCGGACCAGAACGGCUUUGUGACCCUUAAUUACUUGUUCACCCAACUGGAUGUGAAAAAUUUGUCCAAUUUUAAGACCUGGACUAGGAUUAUAAACUUGUCUCUGAGUAGUCCAGGCCUGGGGUUUGGUGCCUUCAUUGCUUUCGGCACGCAGAGCACUUUCAGGACCCCUCUGCACUUCAAGGCGAUCAUAAUAAGCGUCACUUCGGUUUUAUUCACAGUCUUGUACAGUAUCAUAGUCCAGAACUUUUUAAUUUCGUUGUGCAUCCAAAGCCAGAUGUUGUUUGACGAUUUUUUUAAACUGGAACAGGAGCUGGAGAUGCCUGAGGCCGUGUUUUUCCUGGAACACAGUUCCAGGUUUUGGAUAACCAUGUGGUUAUCCAAUUGUUACAUGACCGGUCUCCGAAGUUUGAUUGUGAUGAUGUGCCUGAACACCGAAGUGGUUUAUAACUCGUUACCAAAGGCCAGAAAACGACACACACUCUGUGUUCUAACGUUCUCUCUUAUAAUCUACACCGGGACGAUUUUCCUGUCAACGAGAAUUGGUUACUCCGUGUUUAAAACCAUCGAAAGUGUGUUAAACGACUUUUGUGUUCCGUUCCUCAACACUUUACAACUCGUCGGAGUUGUGUAUUUUUACGGUAUUACUAAAUUUAGAGACGAUGUCCACUUUAUGUUAGGGAUACGGUCGUCAGUGUACUGGAACACGCUCUACGUCCUUAAUCCCCUUCUUCUGGGGAUUGUGUUGGCCUACAACUUGCACGAUUUCUUCACUGGGGGGAGUUUCAAUUUUCACAGUCUUGGUAUUUUUAGGAUAAGUCUUAUUUGGUUUAGUCUUGUUGUUGUCACGUUGUAUGCUUUUUUCUACAUUAUUGUUAGUUUCUUUGGGCACCAUUUUAAAGUUUGUAAGUCGUCACCUGAGUGGGGCCCUCGACACGGCUCCCUGUUUGUGAGCCGAAAAAUGUUCAAGGCCUAUAACGUGGCCAAGGAGUAUUUGUAUCGUCAAGAACGGUUCAGUCAGCAAUAACUUGUGCAAUAAAAUAUUUCAAAUAACUUGUAUCACAUUUAUUUGUAUUUAUACAAUAAAAUAUUUUCCCACA